UGGAGGAUGAGGCGGGGUGGAUGUCCUUGCGAGAGAAGCCUCUCGGGCUUGAGGUCUCCCGGUGUCUCGUCUCCCUCUUACCCCCCCUCCCCCCCGUGUCUCUCUCUCAGUGUCUCUAUCUCAGUGUGUCUCUCCGUGUCUCUCUCUCUCUCUCCGUCCUCCGUGUCUCGUCCCUGACCUGUCCGUGUCUUCCGGUGUCUCGCCCUUCUGUCGUCCCGCUUGGCUGCGUGCGUUUGAGUGUCUUCCUGUUUUGGUGUGUGUGUAGUUGCGUCCGUCCGCGUGUGUGUCUUCUGUCAGACUCACCUGAGUGUGUGUCUGUGUAUUGGUGUGUGUGUGUCUGUGUGUCUAUCCGUGUGUGUGUGUACGUGCCUGUCUGUGUUUGUCUUGUCACAUCCUGUCGUGUCCCUUCCCCCCCCCCCACCCCUGUGUAGCUGUCUGUCUGUGUCUCUGUGUUGUGUCCCCGUGUCUCUCUAGGUCUGUGUGUGUCUCUCUCUCUCUGUGGUUAACCCACGUGUUCCCGUAAGGGCAGCGUAGGGGGCCCCCAAAGCACAUCACGUAUGGAGACUAAGCCAUAUUUUCGUUUUGAGUCCUCCAAUCAAGUGGGUGCACCCAUGAGCGCCCAGUCCCCUCACUCCACUAUGAGCUCCCCGCCGCCCCUGGCUCACGGAGGGGCAGGGAUGGGGGGCUCGAGGGUGAUGGGGGGCCUGGGCGGAGGGGGCAGCGGGGCCGGAGGAGGAGGACCCCUGAACGGCCUGGGGUCCCCGUACCCCGUCAUCAGCUCCUCGGGGCUGGGAUCGCCCAUCAUCACUACGCAGGGCCUCGGCUACGGCAGCGGCAUCGGGAACCCACAGGCGGGCGGUGGCGUGGGCAGCUCCAGCGGGCUCAACAUGGUGAGCAGCUCGGAGGACGUGAAGCCUCCGCUGGGCAUCAACGGCGUGGGCGGCAAGGCGUCGAUGCACGGUGGCAGCAGCCCCCUGCCCUGCCUCUCCAAGCACAUCUGUGCCAUCUGUGGGGACCGCUCUUCUGGCAAGCACUACGGUGUGCACAGCUGCGAGGGCUGCAAGGGCUUCUUCAAGCGCACGGUGCGCAAGGACCUGAGCUACACUUGCCGCGACACGCGCGACUGCAUCAUCGACAAGCGGCAGCGCAACCGCUGCCAGUACUGCCGCUACCAGAAGUGCCUCGCCACCGGCAUGAAGCGUGAAGGCGUGACGGCCGGCGAGGCAGCCGUGCAGGAGGAGCGCCAGCGCGGCAAGGACAAGGAGGACAGCGGGGACGGGGAGGGCGGCGCCGGCGGGGGUGCCAACGAGGACAUGCCCGUCGAGAAGAUCCUGGACGCGGAGCUCGCAGUGGAGCCCAAGACGGAGACCUACGCCGAGCUGGGCGCCGCCUCGCCCGCCGGCGCCUCGCCCAACGACCCGGUAACGAACAUCUGCCAGGCAGCGGACAAGCAGCUGUUCACGCUCGUGGAGUGGGCCAAACGCGUCCCCCACUUCUCGGAGUUAUCCCUCGACGAUCAGGUCAUCCUUCUACGUGCGGGCUGGAACGAGCUGCUCAUCGCGUCCUUCUCUCACCGCUCCAUCUCGGUGAAGGACGGGAUCUUGCUGGCGACGGGCCUGCACGUUCACCGCAGCAGCGCCCACAGUGCCGGCGUGGGCUCCAUCUUCGACCGCGUGCUCACGGAGCUCGUGUCUAAGAUGCGGGACAUGCAGAUGGACAAGACGGAGCUCGGCUGCUUGCGCGCAAUCGUGCUCUUCAACCCAGACGCCAAGGGGCUGUCGAGCCCGGCGGAGGUGGAGGCGCUGCGGGAGAAGGUGUACGCCUCGCUGGAGUCGUACUGCAAGCAGAAAUACCCCGAUCAGCCCGGCAGGUUCGCGAAGCUGCUGCUGCGGCUGCCCGCCCUGCGCUCCAUCGGCCUCAAGUGCCUGGAGCACCUCUUCUUCUUCAAGCUCAUCGGAGACACGCCCAUAGACACCUUCCUCAUGGAGAUGCUCGAGGCUCCUCACCAGCUCACCUGAGCCACCGAGGAGGAGGGAGGAGGAGGAGGAGAUGGUGACGGUGGUGGUGACGGUGGUGGGUCGAGGCGAAGGUGGCGACGCAAGGGGAAGGUGGUGAAGGAUGCGUGAAUAUGGCGGCGUCCACGGGAAGGAGGUGUGGGACUUGCUGCUGUUGGUGGUGGUGGUGUGAGUUGAAGGAGGUUGUUGUUUGCCCGGUGGUUGGUGGUGGCGGCAGAGGCGUGGAGGCGGCGGUCGAGCGGGUGGAGCAAGAGGUUUUGAAAGAGAAGGAUGAGGCGGUGGGGGCGGGUGGAGG